AUCGCCCCCAUAGCGCGCAGCAUGAACGUUCCGCGGCAAAAGGAUGUGUGAACAAGCAGCGCGCUACUGCAGGGACGGCGUCCACAAACUGCUCAACAAAGAACAAGCCAAACUCCGGUCACAGGACAGCAAAGACCAGCCCAAACCCCUGGCUCAGGAUAGCGAGACAGCGACGGCUGCACAGUCCGGAAACAGCGGCGCUCAGCCCGGUGGUAUAGACGGGCUCGUCCGCUGGAUAGUCACCAAGAUGAGCGACAACAAAAGCAUCUCUACUCGGGAAUAUGUGAAGGAGGAGGCGGCGGUGGCUCAGGAGCAGUUCUUCGCACCGGAGCCCCGAAAGGGCAUCUCUGUCAUUUUGGAUAUUUUCCGGAGAGCAGAUAAGGAUGAUGAUGGGAAGCUCUCCCUUGAUGAGUUCCAGGCUUUCUUCUCCGACGGGACUCUGAAUGAAGAGGAGCUGGAAAAACUGUUUCACACCAUUGACUCUGAUAACACCAGUAAUGUUGACACUAAGGAACUAUGCGACUACUUUGCCAAACACAUGGGGGAAUAUGAAGGUGUGCUGGCCUCGCUGGAGACACUCAACCUGGCAAUUCUCAAAGCCAUGGACUUCACCAAGAAGGUGUAUGAACGUGGAACUAAUGUUGACCAAUUUGUGACCCGCUUCCUGUUGAAGGAAUCAGCCAAUCAGAUCCAGUCUCUACUGAACUCCGUAGAGAGUGCUGUGGAUGCCAUUGAUGAGCAACAUACAUCAGUGGGAUCAUACCCCAGUAAGAUCAGUCCACGUGUCCCAGAUAGGCGCUAUGAGGCACCAGUGCCAGAUUACCCUCCCAACAACAGAGUCAGUACUAAGGAGACCAUGAGGAACAUCAACACAGGUGCAGGAGCUGUGGAGGUGAGAAAAGAAGGACUUGAGGCGCAGAUCAACCGACUGGCUGAGCUGAUUGGACGUCUGGAGAAUAAGACAGUUUGGUUUGAUCUACAUCAGCGACUAACAGACACUGAUGGCACAACUAGCGCAUCCCUGUACCUGGUCCGCCAGGAGAUGACUGUUUCCCAGAAGCAGCUUGGAGAGUUCUGCGAGGCCCUGAAACAAUACCUUAAGAAUGUGUCUGCCCAGAGAGACUGUUUCCAUGUGACUGCUGUGCGGCUGCCUGACGGUCUUUCUUUUGUGGUGUACGAGUUCUGGGAUGGAGAGGAGGAGUGGAAGAGGCACCAUCAGACUGCAGCCUGCAAGGCCUUCCAGCAUGUGAAAGUGGAUACUCUGUGCCAGCCAGAGGCUGUGUCUGCUGUCGCUGUGCCUGCCGCCUGGUGCAACCUGAACAGAGAAUGAGAAUCAAGCCAGUCUGCAGGUGGAAUUAUCCCGCCUUAUGCCUGAAGACCUUCACCACUCCUCUUCAGCCACUUUCCCCUCUCUAUCCCUCUGACACAACCCCUGCUAUCUUAACUCUCCCCUCUUCUCUCUGGGCUCUCUCCACUCUGUCUCCCUCUUUUGUAAUUACUUGUUUACACAGUAUUCGUUUGAUAUUGAGCCAAAAGUACAGUGUGAGCUGCAGAGAAUGUCAGACAUAGUACAAUUCCCUCAUGUACAACUCCACCACUGCAAUAUACAGACAUUAAAGGGAUAGUUCACCUAAAAAAAAUCCUGUCAUUUAAUCACCCUCAUGUUGUUCCAAACUUGUAAACUGUGAAAAACAAAAGGAGACGUUAGGCAAAAUGUUAGCCUCAGUGUCUACUGCAAGUGAAUGAGACAUUAAGCCUAACAUCUCCUUUUGAGCUCCACGUAAGAAUAGCAAGGGGGUGAGUAAAUGACAACAGAAUUGUCAUUUUUGGGUGGAGUAUCCCUUUAAAACUCCCAAAAGUGAACAGGAAUCUCACCCACUUGAUGCAUUAUAUCCAACAUCAGGAAAAUUACAAAGCAUGUGCAUUUAAAAUAUCAACUUACAUAGACAGUCUCAACAAAGUAAAUGAUGCUAAUUAAUAUUUCAUCUCUGUUUGAGUUUAAACAAGCAUCCACUGCUUUGCAGACAGUUCCCUGACAAUACAACUUCUGAGAAGAUAAAACCUGUGCAGUGAAGUAUUUAUACAGCUGUCCAAGGAUAAUAGCAUUUCUGUAAAGAUACUUUAUAUCUGUUAUAGGCUGGUGUUAUAGGUACUUUCUGAACAUGUGUAAUGCACUGUGCCAUGUAGAGAGUUUGGUUUGGUAAUAUGUUUUGCUGAACAGCAUGGCAUAUUCUGCCAGUAAAAGGGCCUACAUUCACAACACACACCAAAUAAAGAUAUGGUCCAAAAGCACAAUGUUCAUGGAGUAUUAUAGAGGAAAUGUUUAUGUAAAUGAAAUUUUGCCUAUAGAGUGUAGAGAACAUCUUGAGUAACGAGCAUUAAGAGAACUGAAUUAUCUCAUUUUCAUCUACAGAUACUGAUAUUUAUUUAUUUUUUAAGAGCGAGAGAAAAUAGAGGAAUCUAGGAGUUCAUACAUUUAAGAGAAUGGCUUUGACGGAUUGUAAUUCUUACCUAAUUUUAUUUCUCAUUAAAGAACAUUUGACUCCAGAUAAUCUCAGGACAAGUAAAAUUAACUUUCUCAUAGAGGAUAUUUUGAUCAAAGUGGAUCAUACUUCAAACGGCUCACAUUUGUUGAUCAAUAAAUCUAAGGCUGUUGUAUUUGUGCAAAAAGACUGAAAUUUCUGGUUGGCUCAAUGUAGAAACAGUUCAAUACCAGGCGAAACAAAACACGGCCCAGACUGCAACAUUCCUUUCUGUUUGCUUUCCCACCAAUCCUGCCUUCUAUUUGGUUUGUUUAUUCCUCACAGUGAGUGCAUGUUACAAAUGAAUGUCCAGUAAAUGAUUUGCCGUAGAAUUUAGCUAUGCGACUUUAAAUGGAUUUUGUGCAUUUCUUAUUUUCUUUUAUAUUAUUCCAGUAAUGGAACAUAAAGAAAUGAAAUACAUACAGUAUAUAUAAGAUGAAUAGAAGUUAAAAUAUGAGCAGUCACUUUUAAUGGAAUUGUUUGAUGAAAUGCUACUUAUACCCAUGUAUGUUUCCGUAAACUGGCUUUCUCUCUUAUAAGUGAGUGUAGAGAUUUAUUGCAGGGAUGCAAAGUAUUAUAUUCGUCUUAAAUUUGUUAAAAUUCUAGAUUAUGUAGAGUGCUGCUAUUCAAUAAAGUA